GCGGUGAAUGGGGGGAAGCCGCUGUGCCCGGAGCAGGGCAGCCCAGGAGGGGACGUGGCGCCUCGGAAGCCUGGCAUUGGCUUGGGGGCCCGGGCAGCCCCUAAAAUCGCUGCAGCCAAGCUGGGCACUGUCUGGUCGUUUGCUGUGUGUUCCAUCUUUGUGAAGGUCCAAACCACCAAGUAUUACUUUCUUUCUCUUCUUCCCAACCCCAGGUUUGUGCUCUCUGGCAAUCUUCAUGGUGGCUCAGUGGUUGCAAGCUAUCCCUACGAUGACUCUCCCACGCAUAAGACCACAGGAGUCUACAGUAAAUCAGCUGAUGAUGAAGUGUUCAAGUAUUUGGCAAAAGCUUACGCGUCGCAUCACCCUAUAAUGAGAACUGGGAAACCCAAUUGUCCUGACGAGGAGGGCGAGACCUUCCAGGAUGGUAUCACAAACGGUGCCCAGUGGUACGACGUGGAAGGCGGGAUGCAGGAUUACAACUACGUGUGGGCCAACUGCUUUGAGAUCACAUUGGAGCUAUCCUGCUGCAAAUACCCGCCGGCCUCCUACCCGCCAGCCUCCGAGCUUCAGCAGGCGUGGGAGAACAACCGGGACUCUCUGCUUGCUUUCAUCGAGAAGGUCCACAUUGGUGUGAAGGGCUUUGUGAGGGAUGCAGUCACCAAAGCUGGCCUGGAGAACGCAACCAUUGUUGUUGCUGGUAUUGCUCAUAACAUCACAUCGGGCAAGUUUGGUGAUUACCACCGGCUGCUUGUGCCUGGGACCUACAACGUGACCGCGGUUGUAAUGGGUUAUGCACCAGUGACCAGAGAGAACAUUGAGGUGAAGGAGGGAGCUGCAACAGAAGUGGAUUUCUCCUUGCAGCCAACUGUAAUGCCACCAGCUCCUAACGUCACGCAGUUCACAGCAAUGCCUGUUCCUGUCUCUACUGUCACUCCUACCCCUGGGCCAGCAGAAACCCCAAGCCCGACUUCUCUCCAUCAACCCAUCCAACCCGUGGACUUCCGUCACCAUCACUUCUCAGACAUGGAGAUCUUCUUGCGGCGGUACGCCAACGAGUACCCCAACAUAACCAGGCUCUACUCCGUGGGCAAGUCUGUGGAGCUGAGGGAGCUCUAUGUGAUGGAGAUUUCUGACAAUCCUGGUGUCCAUGAAGCAGGCGAGCCGGAGUUCAAGUACAUCGGUAACAUGCACGGGAAUGAAGUUGUGGGGCGAGAGCUUCUCCUGAACCUCAUCGAGUACCUCUGCAAGAACUUUGGCACAGAUCCUGAAGUGACUGACCUGGUCCAGAGCACACGGAUCCACAUCAUGCCGUCCAUGAACCCUGAUGGCUAUGAGAAGUCCCAGGAAGGGGACAGAGGAGGUACCGUUGGCAGAAACAACAGCAACAACUACGACCUGAACCGGAACUUCCCAGAUCAGUUCUUCCACGUGACAGACCCUCCGCAGCCAGAAACUCUCGCUGUCAUGACCUGGCUCAAGACUUACCCGUUUGUACUCUCGGCAAACCUGCACGGAGGUUCUCUGGUGGUUAAUUACCCCUUUGAUGAUGACGAGCAGGGGAUAGCCAUAUACAGUAAAUCCCCAGACGAUGCGGUGUUUCAGCAGCUGGCGCUUUCCUACUCCAAGGAAAACACAAAGAUGUAUCAGGGAAGCCCUUGUAAGGACAUGUACCCCAUGGAGUACUUCCCGCACGGCAUCACUAAUGGGGCUCAGUGGUACAACGUUCCAGGUGGGAUGCAAGACUGGAAUUAUUUAAAUACAAACUGCUUUGAAGUGACCAUUGAGUUGGGCUGUGUGAAAUACCCAAAAGCUGAGGAGCUGCCGAAGUACUGGGAGCAAAAUCGCCGAUCUCUCCUCCAGUUCAUGAAACAGGUUCACCGCGGCGUCUGGGGGUUUGUGCUGGAUGCGACGGACGGGAGGGGCAUUCUCAACGCCACCAUCAGUGUUGCUGACAUCAACCACCCGGUGACCACGUACAAGGAUGGAGAUUACUGGCGCCUCUUGGUCCAGGGGACGUAUAAGAUCACAGCGUCUGCCCGAGGGUACGAUCCAGUCACUAAAACGGUGGAAGUUGGCAGCAAAGGUGGGGUGCAGGUCAACUUCACUCUUUCACGGACAGACAUCAAAGUGGAGGAGGGGAAGUUGCCAGUCUUGAACACCCCCGACACCAGCGACCCCAAUGAGAAGGAGUUCGAGACCCUGAUCAAGGAUCUCUCUGCUGAGAACGGGCUGGAGCGCCUCCUGCUCGCCUCCUCGGGGGAUGUCUCUCCUUACCGAUACCGCCCUUACAAGGACCUCUCCGAGUUCCUCCGAGGCCUCUAUCUGAACUACCCACACAUCACAAAUCUCACCAGUUUGGGUCAGAGCGUUGAGUUCCGUCAGAUCUGGUCCCUCGAAAUCUCCAACAAGCCCAACCAGUCUGAGCCUGAGGAGCCAAAGAUCCGCUUUGUUGCUGGUAUUCACGGAAACGCUCCUGUUGGUACAGAGCUGCUUCUGGCACUGGCAGAAUUUCUUUGCAUGAACUACAAGAAGAACGCUGCUGUUACAAAGCUGAUUGACCGAACACGGAUUGUGAUUGUGCCUUCCCUGAAUCCAGACGGACGUGAGAUAGCGCAGGAGAGAGGCUGCACCUCAAAGAUAGGCUGGACUAAUGCUCACGGCAAAGAUCUGGACACAGACUUCACAAGCAAUUACUCCCGAUACUCGGGGACACGAGAGCCUGAGACCAAAGCCAUCAUAGAGAACUUGAUAUCAAAGAAGGAUUUCAGCCUCUCUGUUGCACUGGAUGGAGGAUCUCUGCUUGUCACUUACCCAUAUGAUAAGCCAGCAGAGACAGUGGAGAACAAAGAAACACUGAAGCAUUUGGCAUCUCUUUAUGCAAACAACCAUCCGCUGAUGCAUUUUGGCCAGCCAGGCUGUCCAAAUAAGUCAGAUGAGAAUAUUCCUGGCGGUGUGAUCCGUGGCUCUGAAUGGCACAGUCACUUGGGAAGUAUGAAGGAUUACAGCGUUACGUUUGGUCGUUGUCCUGAGAUCACUGUUUAUACUGGCUGCUGUUACUUCCCGAGUGCAGGACAGCUUCCCAGCCUGUGGGCAGACCACAAGAAAUCUCUUCUUAGCAUGCUCGUGGAGGUUCAUAAGGGAGUCCACGGGUUUGUCCAAGACAAGAGCGGCAAGGCAAUUUCUGGAGCUCUCAUUGUUCUUGAUGAAGGUUUGAGGGUCCAAACUAAAGAAGGUGGCUAUUUCCAUGUGCUCUUGGCUCCAGGUUUGCAUAACAUCGAUGCCAAAGCUGAUGGGUACCAGCAGACACACAUAAAGGUCUUUGUCCGUCAUGAUGCACCCAGCUCCGUGUUCAUUGUGUUUGACACAGAAAAUAGGAUAUUUGGUUUGCCAAGGGAGCUGGUUGUAACUGUUGCUGCUGCGAGUAUGUCUGCUCUGGUCCUCACCGCCUGCAUCAUCUGGUGUGUCUGCUCAAUUAAGUCCAACAGACACAAGGAUGGCUUCCACCGCCUCCGGCAGCACCACGAUGAUUAUGAGGACGAAAUCCGCAUGAUGUCCACUGGCUCGAAGAAAUCCCUCCUGAGCCAUGAAUUCCAGGAUGAAACAGACACUGAAGAAGAAACAUUGUACUCCAGCAAACACUGACAUGCCCAGGACAGGAAAGGAGGUUCCCAUGGACCAGACCCAGUGGCAGGGCUCGAUCCCUGUGGUUCAGUUUUGAAACAUUAGCUUG